UUACGUAUGAAUAUAAUAAACUGUUUUCGUUGUUGAGAGUAUGAUUUGCAUGGCCAUAAGGGGCACUUCAAAAUGUCUGCUCUACCUCGUGGAUGGUAUGCAGAAUGUUCUUUAAACAGACAAGUCAUUUUACAGGAAUGACAUACUCUCACAUGUUGUUACAGCGACUCAUGUUCCGCCAGCGGUUUCUUACUUCUUCUUCUGACCAGCAGGCUACCCCCAGGGCAUUCACCUCUUCUGUCAAGGUCUUCCAGAAGUCCUGCUUCUGGGUAUUGGUCAAAUCAUUAGAGUUCCUGCCUCUCACGAUGUCCAGCAUCUCUGUAGCCCUGCUACUGAUCAAUCCACUUUCUAGUGAGAAUUUCGACGAGUCUUCAGGAUCAGAUCCUGUUCUUAACACCCCUAUGAUGUCUUGGUAUUAACUUGUAAGUUUUAAACCUAAUAAUAUCAAUUAAAAUAAAGGAUAAAAAUAUUUACGGUCAAUACAUUUUGUACUUUAA